UUCAUUUGUUUGUUUGUUUGAUUUUGUUGGCAGGAGAAAUCCUCCGACCAGUUAGUUUCUGCACUUCGUUGAGGUCGGCAAGAGGUUUCAUCUCCUAGAUAGCUCAGAUCUAUCUGGAUUGAGACCGUGUAUCCUAGGAAUUUGCCACUCCGGACUUCAAACACACAUUUAGCCAAAUUCAAUUUGAUGUGGUGCUUCCUCAGCAUGUUGAAUGUCACAACUAGGAAACUCAGUCAUAUUGCGUUACGUAAUUCGAGGAGGGCUUACUACACCCAGCGCAAGUACGCCAUAUGGCCCAUGGCUCAAAGCCCUAGUACCAACUAGGAACAGGCCUAAUGCACGACCUCCAUUAGGGGUCGCGGCACAUGUGCCACAUCAUCAAAUCGAAGAACUAGGGAGGAAGAAAGACCCGGCCAUAUUUGUGGAUUUUGCUAACUCUAGCUGGAGGGGCAUGCAGGACCUGCAGGGAGGAUUGAUGGCGGAGAACGCGGGGCAAACGUUGAGGAACAUCGGGCUAUGGCCUGAUGUUAGCAAUAAGGAAACCAAGGCUUGAAGGAAUCAUCUAACUUACAACAGCGGUUGGGGCAAGCGGCGGAAGUUGAGAGUACAAGUAUUGGUUAGGCAAAAUUGUCAAGUUCAUGUUUUUGGCUUUGGUCUGAUAUUUUUGUGGUACGUUGGUGUUUUUAUUUGCAAUACAAAUUUGAGCUU